AUGGUGGGCGCAACCUCUCUGAGACCAAAGCGAUUGGUGUGGACACCAUCGUUACAUGAUCUAUUUGUGAAAGCUGUUGAGAAAUUAGGACUGUAUGAAGCUCGUCCCAAAGAAAUUCUGCAAUUGAUGAAUGUGGACAAUGUCACAACGACACAUAUCAAAUCUCAUUUGCAGAAAUAUCGAUCACAGUUCAAGAAGGGAAAUCAAAAUGUUGCACCUUCGAAUUCCAGUGCCAAUCUGAGCGCUCACGAAGAAAAUUCUGCAGACAUGGCAGGAGAUGAUGAAAUUGUUGAAAAGGCAAGAUUGUCUCCAAAAUUUCCAAUCAAAUCAGAGCAAAUAUCCACAACCAGUAGUCAUUCCUCCUCUUCCACUUCCUCUCCAGGUCACCAUCCUUCGACAACAACAAAUUUACACAACACACCACAUUCCACUCAGCAACCAAAUGAUUCAAUUUUUGACAAUUAUAAUGACUUUUUUCCUUUGCUAGGUCAGCAACAAGUUUCAUAUUUGAAGGACUUGCUGAGUUCCGUCCAUGUGAAUGGCCAUCCUAUUAAUACAAUGACAACAACAAGUGCUACUAAUCAUGUCACACCUCCUCCUCCUUCGAACACCACCAAUAGUAUCACUGUAAACGUUCAACCACCACCACCACUUCAAUACGGUUCUAGCUCUGGAGUAAACACCUCUGGUGUGUCAGCUCAGAAUACCAAUUCUAUUCCUAAUGUUCACAUCAUUCAAGUGAAUAACAAUGCACCACAACCACCAAUAGGUUUUAAUGCAGUUUUGGACCAAAAUGGAAAUGUCAACACUUCAUUCAAUCCAAUGACCUCUCAUUGCGAUACUGAAACUCUUAAUGAUUACCUUGGAGUUCUUAAGCAAAUUUGCAAGUCCGAACAUGACAUUUAUCACAUAUUCGAAAAGAUACAAGCAGAAAUACGAGAACAACGAGAUUUGAAUUUCAUUGUUGAAGGAUUCCGUUUAGGGUUUUUAUGUGGUAUCAGAUUCCACAAUAAUUUUUCGUCAAACAACCCUCAAAACACCUCUAGUGAGCAACCACCCACUAGCAGUUCAUCCUCUCCUUCCACAAAUCGUUCUCCUUGCAGACAUCAAUAA